CGUUCGGAAUGGAAGACGAAACCGGGUUUGCUGGCUUUGGAAUCGAGCUUGGCGUGAACGACGACGAGCUGGACGUGGCUGCCGAAGCCGCCCGCGCCGAUCGCUCGUUUGCGCGCAAGGGCCGGCGCGGACCUCAAGUGAUGACUGAUACCGAAUUGGCGGCGCUGCGAGACAAGCGACGCGAGUUGCGACUGAGCAAGAAGAAACGCCGACAAGCACGCGCGACGCAGGGGCUGCGCGCCCCGACGCCAUGGCGCACCCGUAGACCAGUGAAUAUGGAUCGAACAACACUCGCGGAUCAAAGGAUUGUCGUGGAUCUCGAUUGGGAGCCGUGGAUGAGCCAGCACGACUUGGUCUGCUUGCACAGACAGCUGCGAUACGUCGUUGGGUCAAACCAGAGACUGCGACGACCAUUGCGAGUGUCACUCGCAGGAAUAGGACCGGGCAUGCAGGAGUUGAUCGAGACGUUUGGCAAAGGAGAAGCCACGCGAUGGCCAAUCGAACGGCGGCGCGAACCGUACACGGAGCUGUUUCCGCUCGAGUCGCUCGUCUAUCUCACUGGAGACUCGCCCAACGUGCUGACUGAGCUGGAUCCAGCACGCGUCUACGUGAUUGGCGGGAUGGUGGACCACAAUCGGCACAAGGGCUUGUGCUACGCAGAGGCCGAGGCCCGUGGUGUCGCUCACGCCAAGCUGCCAAUCAGCCAGUACUUUAAGCUGCCCACGCGCUCCAUUCUCACCGUCAACCAAGUGUUUGCCAUUCUGGGGACGGUUAGCGCGGGUGCAGACUGGAAGACCGCGCUGUGGCACGAGGUUCCAAAGCGCAAAGGCAUGAUUGAACUCGAGGGGCAAGCCGAGCAGCACGACGAAGAUGAUGGCGAUGAUGAUGGCGAUGCUGCUGGAGAGACUGACGAUGACGGUGAUGACGAUGACGACGACGAUGACGACGACCUCAGCGACGACCUCAGCGACGACCUCAGCGAGAACAGCGACAAUGACGGUUUCGAUGACGAGCCGACUGCGCUCUGAACCCCGUCUCAACCGCACCACACUCACCAGCAUAGUUUGAUAACCAAUACUUUCUUAAUUCAUUGAUAACAUCAGCAACAACAACACUACAACUCGCCGCAAUCUUCAAUCACAACUUUGGUCUUGGUCUUGCCGCUUUCGCCGCCUUGCGCCUCCAUGCGCCGAAGAACAUCCAGGCCUUGAAUGACCUGGCCAAAGACGACGUGCUUUCCAUCCAGCCAGUCCGUCUUGGUCAAGCACAUAAAGAACUGCGACCCGUUCGAAUUUGGUCCCGAGUUGGCCAUGGACAAGGUGCCUGCUCCCGUGUGCUUGAGCGUAAAGUUCUCGUCUGCAAACUUUUCGCCGUAUAUUGACUUGCCACCUGUGCCGUUGUGUCGAGUAAAGUCGCCUCCUUGGCACAUCUGAGAGCAGUCCAAGAUGAAAAACAAGAGUGAACAACAG